UCAUCAGUCGAUCGUGCGGCGCGGCCGCUCGGGGGAACGCUCAGGUACAUAUCAGUUUAAUAAUCGUGUCCGCAGUAUCUCCUGAUAUCCAUCGAUAUAAAUUCUCAGAAGUGACCAAGUGCAAAGUGACACGAAAUAACCAAGUCGCGAAUACGGCCGGUCGUUCGGUUCCGACGACGAAACAAUUGUCUAUAAAUGCAGUUAUUACCGCACUGACGAAACAGACGCGAGUUUGCACGUGUUUAUAAAGUGAGGGAAUAUCUAAAGAGAGAGAGAGAGAGAGGUGAAAGUAUCGUAUCGCGGUGUACCAUGCGACCACGACGACUGGACGCGACGCUCAGUCGCCAGCUGCUGUGCUUGCUCGCGAAAACGCUACUUUUCGCCGUCGUCUGCAGCGGAUUCAUCGUGGGAUCCGUCAGGGCUCAGUACUACGGCCUAUCCGAAGACAUAGUCUUCCCCGGGCCGAUCAGCACAAAAUCGCGGAACAUGCCCGUGACGGGCAACGUGGGCGCCCACAAUGCACCGAUAUCGCGCGCGUUAGCCUCCAGGAUAAACUCCAUAGACACGAUAGAGGAAUUUCUAGAGUUGCUUCAAGGUGUUCCGGAGAUCGAGAAGACCGUCCUUGUUAGUAAACUCGGCGGGAACGAGGAACGAUCGAACGCGGAGCGGACGCAGCCGGCAAAGUGCAUACCUGAACUGAAAGCCGUGUCCCUGAAAAUGGACAACGAUCCUAAGACCAUUGUGUACCCAUCUUGCACGAGAAUCAAAAGAUGCGGCGGUUGUUGCGCUAGCGCUUUGUUGUCUUGUCAACCAACGGCCACAGAGACGAGAAACUUCGAGGUGGUCGUGUCGACGCUGUCACUAAGCUACCGGGGCCGGCAAAUCGUGCCUCUGGAGGAACACACCGCGUGCAAGUGCGACUGCAGAAUCAAGGAGGAGCAUUGCAGCGAGAAGCAGCACUACGACCCGGACAAUUGUAUGUGCGUGUGCGAAAAUAACGACGAGCGGGAGAAAUGCAUGCAUGACAACGACACGAGGAUCUGGGAUCCGGAUUUGUGCACCUGCUCGUGCAGGAAGAUCGAAGACUGCAACACCGGCUACUACUUCGACCACAAUACGUGCAGAUGUCGACAGAUAACGUUCUCUAGACCGGUAAACAGAUUCGCACCCACGAAAGGUUCGAAUUACAAUUUCGAUAACACCCGGCGGCCAGAAAACGCGCCGCCCGUGAUAAUCCCAUUGGACGCAUCGGAUCCCAGAAGAAAGCCCAAGGAGGAUCCGGAAUACAAGUGAUACGAGAGAUUCAGACACACGGACUACAAGACUGCUAAUACACUCUUUGUUGUUAGUCUCUCUGCCAUCAGGGUUGAGUGAAUUUCAUUUCGAGUAACGGAAUCAAAGUAACGGAUUCUACCGAGAAGAUUUAUUCAGAUCGAAUAACGCAGAGAUUCUCGUAUUCUCUUAUUUCACUGUGUGCUUUGCGCAUUCUCGCAUUAGAAUUUACUAUAAUUUAGAAUUAUUCGAAGGACAUUUUGUUACUUGUUUGUUAUAACUUUUGGUCGGAAACGAGUGUGUACGCUCAAAACGAUUCAAAUAGAAUAUCAUUGACGGUCGCCUUAGCGGACCUUCGAAAUAGUAUUUAUUAUUUUAGUAGAAAAGAGGAUAUUCCCUUUUCCCUCAUUCUUAUUUUAUUCAUAAAUGUGAAAAUUUGUACUCCCAUAUGAGGAGGCUUUAUUCGAAUUUUUCUUUCAAGUUUAUUCGAGAUGUCUAACUUUGUCUGUUACGUAAACGAAUGUUUUUAUUCGAUGUCUCUCGGAGCUGGAACAGCUGAUUAUCAUACUCAACAUGUUGCAUUUUCAGGUAGAUUUGUGGUUCCAUCUUCUCUUCGUGUCACAGAGCAAUACGAACUGUUUCACUUCCAAGGUGCUAUUUUGUUGUAUUAUUGCAUAUGUUUACUAUUUGAUGAAGAUUAAGGGGUCGUUCGAUGUAUGUAAAAAGACAAUCAGUCGUGAAUAUCGGCCAGUACUAUUUUUUUAUAUCAUAAAAUUAUUGUUCUUUACGAGAACUAUUGUAUAUUUAGCUUUAUAUUAUAAAAUUAUUGCUCUUGUAUUUAUACGCUUACAAGAACGAAAUGAUACAAGAACCGGUCAAUAUUUGUUUUAUAUAUCGCCUGAAAAGUUUAUCGGUAUCCCAAUUACAAAUAAUAUUUCAGUUUACUGUGCGCUUUAUAUUUUCCAUUGUUAGAGUUUUACAAUGAUAAAAUGUAUUUUCCUAAUUGUAUAUUGCGAAUUAUAACACUAUAUAUGUACGCAUUAUAUAAUUCCAUCAUCAUAUUUUGUGAAAUCGUCGUCUAUUUGGUCUGAGGAAAUGGGAAAAUUUGUCAUAAAAUGUUAAAUAUGCUUUAAUAAUAAGAUACGUAUGGUAAUAAAUUUGAUAAGAUGUUACAUA